GGAAGUGGAACAGCUCUGGAAGGAUACUUAUCAGUCCCCAAGCCAGCUGGAGUAAAGAAGGGAUGGCAGAGAUCCUACGUAAUCAUAAGUGAUUUCAAGAUCUUCGUAUACGAUGUCAACAAUCAAGCAAACACAAUUCUACAGGCCAUUGACAUGAGGGACAAUAAUUUUUCAGUCAGUUCAGUAUUGGAGUCUGAUGUGAUUCAUGCAAACCCCAAAGACAUUCCUUGUAUAUUCCGGGUGACCUUCUUUCAGCUCUCAUCCCCACCCACCACAUCCACUCAGCUCCUGCUGGCAGACACUGAAGAGGAUAUGCAGAAAUGGGUUCAGGUACUGAAAGAGCUCAAGUCACUCCUGAAUGAACAGAAGCCACAAGACCGCUCGGUCCGUUUGCUGAAGGAAGCUUAUGAUAGUGCAUUGCCGCUAAUAAGAACAGCGCAGUGUGCAGCCAUCCUAGGU